GGUUAAGGCAGCGAGGGGGUUUCUAGACUGCUUCUCUUCUGGUCCAAGUCGAGGAUUAACAGACUGCCUUUCUUAAACACAAGCUCUAGAUGCUGCCUGAAAGACUUCACAGCUCGAGAAGAACAAAUUCAGAGAACAAAAAGGAAAGAGAAGAGAGGGACAGAGGGGGACAUGUUCAGGGUUAGAGCUGAAGCCACUCAAACUCCUUUCUUUCUGUUCUGAUUUAACUUCCUUGGGCUUUUUUCUCUCCCCUUUUACCCCUUGCUCAUUAUCUUACUCACCCUUCUAUGUUCCCUCACCCCUCACUUUCUUUCCACUCUGUUCAUUUCUCUUCCCUCUAACCCAUCUCUUCAUACACACUCUCUCUCCAUCCAUUUGGUGGAACAGUGCUGCUGAUAAUGCCUGUAAUUGGAGUGACUCACACUUUUCCAGUGUGUUUGGACCAGAUAAAGAAUAUUGUCAGCAUUUUGCCGACAUGGCCUCUGCUGGCAGAAUUAAAUGGACUCUGUUCUGUCUGCAGCAAAUUAAAAGCCUCUCAAUUCAUCUGCUCUCGCCCGAGGCUCACAGGGGCCUCCUAUUCACACAGAAACACCGUGGAGAGGGGGAGGAAGAGAAUAAGAGAGAUUUCCCUCUUCCCCAAGAAGCACCAGUCUUUUCGUUUUGUUCAAGUCUGCACUCAGCCACUGUUGGAUGGAGACGGAGAGAGAAAGAGAGGUCAAGACUGAUAGUCUAAGGAGAGGUGAAGAGCAGCUCCGAAGCUCUCUGUGGGUGUGUGUGGGAUGUUGUGUCAGGGCUAAAGCCCAUCCCUCUCCCAUGAGCCUGUGUGCCCACACACACACCUGGCGCCUCCACACACACACCCGGCGCCCACGCACGCACAGCCGGCACUGACGCUGUGAACUGGACCCUCGGAGCCCAGCGGAGCCAAGCGGAGCGGAGUCUAGCCCAGUUGGAGCCUGAGGAUGUCAACAGAGACAGAGCUACAGCCAGCGGUCAGGCCCAGCAGCGUCAGACGGGACUCCAAGAGGAAAGGGCAGGAUCGCAGCGAGGCGGCUCUCAUCAGGCGUUUUAAGGGCGAUGGCGUCCGCUACAAGGCCAAGCUCAUCGGCCUGGACGAGGUCACUGCCGCCCGUGGAGACAAACUCUGCCAGGACUCGAUGAUGAAGCUCAAGGGUAUAGCUGCAGCAGCACGGUCUAAAGGAGAACACAAACAGAAGGUGUUUCUGACCAUUUCCUUUGGAGGGAUCAAGAUCUUUGAUGAGAAGUCAGGGGUCCUCCAACACCACCAUGCAGUCCACGAGAUCUCCUACAUUGCCAAGGACAUCACGGACCACCGAGCCUUUGGAUACGUCUGCGGGAAGGAAGGGAACCACCGCUUUGUGGCUAUCAAGACCGCACAGUCGGCUGAGCCUGUGAUUCUGGACCUGCGGGACUUGUUCCAGCUCAUCUAUGAGAUAAAGCAGAGAGAGGAGAUGGAGAAGAAGGCCCAGAAAGACAAGCAGUGUGAGCAGGCGGUCUACCAGACAAUACUGGAGGAGGAUCUGGAGGACCCGGUCUACCAGUACAUUGUGUUUGAGGCGGGACACGAGCCCAUCCGUGACCAAUCAGAAGAGAGCAUUUAUCAGGUUCCCACCAGUCAGCAGAAGGAAGGGGUCUAUGACGUCCCAAAGCGACACCCAAACGGACAUCAAAACACCCCCCACCAUCACCAUCAUCAUCAACAUCAUUAUCAUGAUCAGCCAGUCCAACAAGAACAAACUGAACAACAGCAGCAACAGCAGGCUGUGGCGGAUCUGAUAGACUUAGACCUGGAAAUGGUGUCUCAGAAUAUCAACCAAUUAGAGAUUUUUGGAGACAUGUCCACACCUCCUGACAUUACCUCUCCAUCGACCCCCGCCUCUCCAGCCAACACCCUCGACCCCUCGCAGGGCCUGCAGCCUCCCACGGAACUGUUUGCUCCCUUCAAUCCUGCGUCUGUGCCCUCAGGUUAUGUGACGAUGGGAGCAGUACCCCCCGGCCACUGGUCCCAGCAGGCGUUUGCUGCCCAGACACCGCUGGCCUUCGGAGUCCAGUCUCCGCUAGGUCCUGUAGCCCAGGUGCUGCCAGGUGGCCAGCCUCUCAUCUGGGGCCAGGCCAACAUCUUCCCUGCAACUCAGCAGCAGUGGGCAGCCAUGGCAGCCGGAGCCUUCCCCCCCACAGCCUACCUCCCUGCCCAACCUGUGGGCACUCUGCCUGCCGCCAUGUUCCAGACUCUCACCCCCCUCACGACUGUGACUCCAGCCGGCGAGAGCCAUUCAGGUGCUGGAGCCAGUGCUUCAGCUGCCUCCCCUUCAGCGUCGUCGAGUCCGCAGCACGGGGAGAGGGCAAGGAAGAUGUUCAAGGAUUUUCAGCUGGCAAAGCCUCCGGCCAUGCCUUCGAAAAAAGGUGAACAGCCCAGUUUAACAGGAACCUCAGAGGCAUUCAGCACUUACUUCAGCCGUGUGGGCACUGCCCAGGACACAGACGACUGUGACGACUUUGACAUUUCUCAAAUGAAUUUGACACCAGUCACCUCCACAACACCAUCCACCAACUCACCACCCACCCCAGCUCCCAGGCAGAGCUCUCCCUCCAAGUCCUCAGCCUCCCAUGUCAGUGACCCCCCCACUGACGCCACAGACCCCCCCACAGACGACUCGUUUGGGGAAGCAGAAGGCAGCCCUAGUCGCAGUGGAGAGGAAGAUGCUGCUUGUGGUUCUGGGUCGCCCUGCCCCAGUGAGACAGCAGAGCCCAGCCCUGACCAGGCCAGUCCAGAGGCUGGGAGCUAGAUAGCAGCAGGGCAGGAAGGGGAAGGACCCUCUCUACGCCCAGAUCAACAAAGGGAAGAAAUAAAGAGACACACAGGAAGACAGACCUGACCAGCACUGAGAGAACAGGAGGAGAACCCUCACCUUGUGUGUGUGUUUGUGUGUGUGUGUGUGUGUGUGUGUGUGUGUGUGUGUGUGUGUGUGUGUGUGUGACACAUCUCCCUGCCUGGCCAAGCCCUUCUUGUUCACCUCUUCUGGCUAACAACCUCCCAGGAGAAGCCUCCAUGCUCCCUCUGUCCUCCUCCUCAUCCUGUGCUCGUCCUCCUCCUCUCUGCAAUCUUCUCUCCUCCUGAGAGGAGCCCUCUCGGUCAUUCACUCCAGGCAGGAGGGAUAUCAAUCACUGAGACGGAUUCUCCCUCCACUGCGCUGUCUUCUCCUCUUCUCUCUUUUCCCUGUUGCAACUCACACCCAGCCUUACAGACGUAACCUGCUCUUCCCCUCUCUCCCUCUCUUCCCUCCCUCCUCUUCCUCCUCUCUAUCUUCGCUCUAACACUACUCCCUCUGCCUCCUGUGUGUGGCCAGAAACUGUGCUGCCAAGGAGGGACUGAAUCAAGCAGUGCCUCCCUGUCUCCGACACACACCCUCACACACACACGCUCAUCUGGAUUAGAAUGAUCAUCUUUCGUUUUAACUGACAGAAUCUGCAUCUGUAGUGAGGAGAUCGCACAGGAGGAGCUAGACUCUAACGGGCCUAUCAGGGGUCCCCGUUACUGGGAUCACUGCUUCUGAUUAGUUGGUUGGUUCGUGUGUUUUCUCCCCAUUCUUAGUGAGUGUCUGCUGGAUCACUAUGCAGAAACAGACUCUCUGGGAGCUACUCACACACCAACAACACACAUACUGUGCACCCAGCAGUCAGCCUACAUAUGCUCACCACACAAACACACGCACACACACAGUCAUCUCUCACCCUCUCUAACAUGCAUACACACAGUAAUUUGCCAAAUGUCUCUCCUCGCAGACAGACUCACACAGAGGCCAGAGGACCAGACAUACUGAGGAAUGGACCCUGAGAGGGAAGUGUUGCAAGUCAAACAGAUUCUGUGAUCGAUCUGUUCAUUCUCUAUAGCUUUUGUACAAUACUGAUUAAAAAAAAAAAGAAGAAAUCGAAAAAUGGAAUUUUUAUUUUAUAAGUCAAUCAAGCCGCUGGGGUCAGCUCUAUAGGAGUUAUAGAGUCAACAUGGCUUUAAGGCAUCUGAUCGUUGGUUUGCCAAACUCAUUUUGUAAAUAACGAUAACAACAACCAUUUUGUCCACCGGACUUCUGUGCCAUAAAAUAGGAAGGCUUCAGUUAUGCAAACUCUUGACGUUAACCCAAGCAAUACCAACAUAUGUUUUCUUUUUUUCCCGUUUUCCCACUAUGUUUUGCUGCCCUCUUUCGCCCUCUGAUAUUGUUUUGUUCUUGUGAAUGGAUGUUAUAGGUCUUUGUCUUAACUUCGCUUACUAACCCUGAUUCCAGCUGCACACCUUUCCCCUAUUUGUCUUUUCAAGUCCCACCACCUCCCAUUGUUAUGGCCCAAACAACUUAGCUUCUGCAGUUUAUGUUACCCAAAGCCUAUGUACGCACCACAGCCCUGUGUUUCUGUACCACAAACCUAUAUUCCAACUCUAUGUUGCAGGCAGCAGACACAGUCUCAUUCACUGUAGCCCAGACUGCUCCUCUCCUCUAUCCCAUUCCCCCAGAAUAGUCUUUACGAUACAGUGAUGUUGCCAUCUGUCUGUCUGUUGGUCAGGUGCCAAACUGCUGCUGUCUGAGCAUCUUUGUGUGGACCGCAGCAUCCUCUGCUACAACUACAUCAACUGUGAUGCCAAUGACUCCCUAUUUUAUGGCCAGAGUCCCCAUGUCACUUGAGAACUCUUUUGGAUUACGAUGUUGAUUAACUUAAAAAUUUGACAACUAGAAGAUGAGCAAAGAAGUUGAAUAAAAGGGGAAACGUUGCUGUUUGAGUACAUAACAUUUCUAGAACUAUUUUAACUUUACCUCAGCUAACAGUUUCUUAAUGUAAAUUGACACAUUAUUUUUAUCUUUAUGAAUAUGACAUUCUACAGUGGGUUUUUAGAUGAUUUUUUGGUUCUCUCUUGAUUUACGUAUUCUACCAUGUAUUACUGUUGCAAAUAAACACAUCCCAAAUGAC